AUGGUUGACAACUUACCGCUCAUUCCUGACAAAGGCCCGCCAUGUACCGACGUUCGCUCCGUGCUGCGGACAGUGUUCCGAGAGUUGAACUACUUACCUCCACUAACUGUCCAAAGUUCACCACAAGGGAAGACGGAGCUUGGGGGUGAACAUGGAGACCAAUCGUUACCUUCUGUAGACCAUUGGGUAGAUAAGUACAAAUCGGAAUGUAACAAAAUCUCUAACCAUGAGGAUGAAAUCAAGGAUCACCGAGCGAAGCAGGUAGCUCGGAAACCCCUGCCUAAUGUGUUCAAGUUACACGAGCGUGGUGUGCACAAACACCUACCUAAGUGUAGCCUGGACGGGGGCCUCGUCUGCAGAAAAGAUCUCAAGCCCGAAGUGGAGCAGAAUGCUGGACGUGAUGGCAGUUUAUGGGUGAAGAAUAUCUUGAAUGUGAGUUCAUGCGAUGUCAGUACGGUAACAGUGAACACGAAGCGAAGAGCACCAGCGGAAAUAAAAUUAUGCCCCGAAACAAGUGUCCUUAGUUUCAGCGUUGGGCCACAUGUAAUGCAUACCGCUGCGUCCGUAGUUCGCAGUACUCCGGAGACGGUCACGCACAUUAAUUACAUAUUAUGUGUGCCGCCGAAACUUGAUUUCAUAAAUUCUUUCGUUGGAAAUUUAUACGCGAAAAACAUCCGACUUGUUAAUAUGACAAAAUUUGAGUGCCGUCUCUCCAUCAUACCUCCAAAACACCGCGAAUUCGAUGUGGAGAUACGGAGCCCUCGGGGCCUUACUAUCACGUCCGGGGCGACCGUGGAGCUGAUUGUUCGCUUCAAGCCGUCGGACGUGCGCGUGCUGAAGGACGAGCUCAUAGUGAAGGUGUCUCGAGGGCAAACUUGUACCAUCCCCAUCGCGUGUUACAUGCAACCACCUCUCUUGGACAUUGUGGUUCCAACCGUCAACCGCGCUGUGGAUCAAACACCCCUGGGCAGUUCAUCAAAAGACGACGAUUGCAAGCUGGACGUGGUGGAGCUGGGCGCGCGUUUGCUCGGCGAUGUGCAUUGCUCGCGCGUACUGCUUUACUGUAAGGCGAAGCACGCGGAGUUCUUCGUUCUUACUGAGGACGCUUGGGUGGAUUGGGAUCUUGAUUGCCUGACUACUCGUUGUUCAGUGAUAGCCGAUUCCUUUGUGUUCUGGCCGGCGUGGUGGCGCGGCGGUGGUUUGGUGAAAGCGUGUGUGUGGUGCUGCGGAGACAGCGUGGGGGCCUUCGGAACUGAGCUACGAGUGCUCAGUUCCACUGCUAUCAACAGGCAGCUGAGCCUACUAGCAGAUGUGAUGCUUUUUAACCCGCACCAUCUUGUUAUAGAGGCUCAUGAGAAGGAUUUUGAUAUAUGCAGUGAAUCAGAUCCCGGAUGCGAGUAUUACGUAAAUAUGGGCACCGCCCUCCAGCAUCGCUCUCUGUCAGCUACAGUGCGACUCGUCAACAAUAGUCCAAUAUUGUACAGUUACUACUGGGAGGUUCGACGUUGGGGAGUAUGUUUUUGCUGGGAGGAGGAAAGAGAAUCACAAGGACUAGACGAGGAAAGUGAAUUCUUAUGCACCGGAGCUAGAGAAUCAAAACGAAUGGCUGGCGAGGACCCUGAGGCAUACGCCCAAAAGAAUAAAGCCGAGCACAUGGUCGUGGUGGGGCCCGGAGAGGACCAGAUACUGCCCCGCACCAGCUGCACACUGAGAGUCAGUGUGCCUGAUGUAGGGGAAGAGGUCGGCUUGCAACGCAGCGUACUUAGGUUGAUAUUGAAAGACAUUCCUAAAGAGAGUUUUCCUGCUAACUACAAGCCGAUGAUCCUACACACUAAGGAAGUCGCAUCCGUUCCCAUCCCAGGACUACAGAGUUCCAAGCGGGAGGUGUGCGACGUGGUGUGCGCAGAGAUGGAGGUGUGGUGGAGGGUGGUGCCGCUGAGGUUCGUUCUAGACCCGCCCGUGGUGCCUCUGUACCAUUCACGGAGACAGAAAUCAGUAGAGGUAACUGUUACCGCGUGUAAGUUGUUCGGAUGGGACAAGUCUCGCGUGAUGUACGUGACACCGAAGCGCGUGUCGGCGCCGGAGCCGAUGCUCCUCAGCACGGCGCGCUGUCUCACCAACUACUUCACAGUGCCACUACCAUCUAUGCAAAACCAAUCUCCAGAGACUGAUGUCCUAGCUUUGGUGGCGGACAACGAUGAAUGGACAGCGGAAUGUGUAAUCACGCGUCGCUGUGAGACUCGUCACCCUGCCCUGCAGCCUGGCAAUGUGUGGUUGGGAGUUGUGCCCCCAAAGACGAAGUUGCGAGCUGCCUUCUUAAUCAAAAAUGAUACGUAUCAACGUAAUUGGUUUUGGUGUGAAGCUUUCCGCUGGAUAGGCGAGAACAAUCCCCGGCCGGCAUGUGUAGGGCAGAUCCCGUGCCGUGACUGCAAGGAAAUCGCUUGUACGUGCGCUAUCGUGCGACCCAGCCGCGGCGCACUGGACCACGGCGGCGCAGCAAAUAUAUUUUACAAUGUUAACGCCCCCGAGCGAGACGGUUGUGUGGCCACUCUACUGAGGGCUCGCAGGUGUCAACCGGACCUGUCGAUGGUGCACAGCGGGCCCGCCACAGAGGCCCGCGCCGCGCUGGUCGCGUACCGCGUGCUCGCGCCGCGCGUCACCAUACGAGUACAGCCGUGCGGGGGGACGAGCGCUGAGUGCGGUGAAUGUGAGGUAGACGCAGGUGCACUAGCGAGUGAGCUGGGCUCGUCGACGCUAAGGCCGAGCAAGGCGCUGGUGGUGGGGCGGCGCACGUGCUACCGGCUGCGGGUUACUAACAUUACUCCGCUGCCCACCAGUGUGCACUUCGAUAAACUCAUAGAUGGCACUGACUUUCUAAAAGUGACAUUCACACCUAACGACUUUAGCUUGUCGGGGUACGCUAAGGUUAACGUGACGGUGGUUCUAGCCGCUCGACGAGUGUGCGAGCGGCGCAUGUUCGUGUGCCGCGCAAUUGUGCUGCGCGCCUACCAGCCGCUCUACCUUAUCAUAGAUGCUGCUAUCUCAGGCGUACAGGUAUCACUUCAAGUACCUGUAGGCGAGGGUGCCGUGACGGAUGAUUUUGUUAUAAUGCGGAGGACACAGAGGAACGGGUCCGAGGAAAAGAAGGGUCAUGUUUCUACACCGAGUGGUAUUUUCGCUGAAGAAGAUCGCAAGCGAGCCGUCAUUAAAGCGAACGUAUGCAAGUGUCACUUCGAGUUGCAGUACAUCCCGCCAGUGAAGAGGCCGCGCCCGCCCCCUCAGAGGGAGGAAGACUAUCCACCCAUCGAAAUCGUGACUGAACCACCGAUGCUGACCCGCGUGUGCCCCUGUUUUCCUCACUGCAAGCCGUUUAUACCAGAUGCGCCGGAGUCUAUCUCCCUCGAGUAUAUUAACAUGCCGCUGCGGAAAGUGUGUAAGCGGCGCUUGUUGCUGCGUAACGAGUCAAUAGUAACGGCACACUGGACCGCGGCCAUCAGAAGGUGGCCACGACGACACAAGAGAACCAUAGAGACUGAUCAAUGGGCGGGUGACGUGUGCGAGUCGGGCGUGGCUCUCUCGUGCCACCCUACAAGCGGGGUGCUCGCGUCGUGCGCGCACGUCGAAAUUAUCGUGCAGGUUUAUGCCGACUGCUGGGGAGUCUACCGGGACCAGAUACUCAUACAGGUGGAGAAUGUCGACCCUAUUGUGGUGGAUAUAUGGAUGCAGGUGAUUGGAUCACCAUUACAGUUCAAGAUUCAGCCAAAUUACUCGCAAGAUGAGUUGCCCAUUAUGUGGUUGUCUCCGACGGACGCAAGGCGGUCUCUAGUCGUCAGGAACAUAUCGCGCUCUGAGCUCACUGUUCAGGCUUACGUCACACGGGAAAAUGAGCGAGAGCAAGAUGUACUACCGUUUAGACUGUACAUGCGCAUGUACGACAUACUGCCCGUUACCUGCCCCUGUGUCACCGCUUUCGACUCUGUUAGCAAAACGUCAUCAACAACGUCAUAUGUGUCUUCGGAUAUGGACACCGGCGUGGAAGUGUACCUCGCGCCUGACCACGGACCGCAGGACGACACCUUCUAUAGUGUGAUGCCUGAAGAAUGCUCGAUAAAACCAGACGAGUGCAUAACGUGGGAUGUGGUUCUAGACCCACCGCCAUCGCCCGAGACGGCACCUGAUACUACACUGAUGUUACGACUGAAGCCGCACAAGAAAGCGGGUGACAACUGGUACCGUGACGAGCCACAACCCCAGCUGGUGCAACUUCGUCAGGUAGCGCGCCUGUCUCGGCUCAAGCUGUCAUGCGACGAGAUUGUUGUCAAGAUCUGUGCAUUAGACCUACCACUUGGAAAUUUCUUAAGGAUCCGCAAGCGCUUCCGGGUGUUAAAUGUGGGCAACGGUAUGCUCACGCUAAGAUUGCAAACGUGUGUUCCUUGGUGCAUCGUCCAAAGUUGUGAGAGCGAUAAUCAAAAGAGUAAAAAAAUAUGUAAUGAUGUAGAAAAUAAGGCACUGAAGAGAAAUGAAGCUGUUACAUGGGAUCUGCCACCCACGAGCUCUACUGAGGUUUGCGUUGAGGUGUGUGUGACCACGGUGGAGGCCUGGCCGACCAGCAUGGUGUCGACUUGCUCACCGUUCUCCUACGCACCACGCCGACGUGAGACCACACCACUAUAUCUGUACGAAGAUUUUCUACUUCUACAGACAUUGCCAUUAACUGUGGACGUGGAAUACCCGGUGAUCAAGGUCGAACCAUGUUCUCUGGACUUUGGCUUCGUUACCGAUGGCGACUCCAAGAAAACCUACAUUUCCGUUUCCCACACCAGCCCUACGGCGACCCUUGCCUUAGUAGUUCAAAGAGACGGUUGUGAAGAGUUUGUGUUUUGGCCGUCUAUCCUCCAGGUGGCGCCUGGCUGUAGUGAGCGGAUUUACAUACAGUAUACUGCCGUCUGGCGUCACGGUCCCGCUGAAUGUUGCAUAACAGUGCAGGAGUGCUCCGCGGCGGGGGGCUGGUGCCGCGGCGCGGUGGCGCUGCGCGCGUCGCCGGCGCUCGACCACAAGUGGCGCGCCGAGGUGCACGACCACACCGACGACGAGCACUUGUUGCCCGCGCGCGUGCAGCUCUACCUGCCGUGA